UUCGAGCGCCCUGAGAAAAUAGUUCCUUUUGGUUCGUGCAUGUGGUGCCGACGAAUGGCUCCAGAUUGUAGGUUAUUUUCGUCAAUUUUAGCAUUAAUAUUACACUAAUCGAAUUGAACAACAAUAACUGCACCUGAAAGUGCUCCAAUCAUGGCGUCCCGUUUCUUUGCGACUGGUUCAUCCAGUGAGAGUGAGUCAUCCUCCAGCGAUAAUGAAGAGCCCGUUUUGCAGAAGCCCAUCAUCACCCAGCAACGGUUCUUCCUUAGCGAUGAUGAAGAAGAGGUUAAGAGGGUGGUGCGUAGUGCCAAGUCCAAAAGACAUGAUGAAAUCAUGGAUGUCAUCAAGCAGCUCAAGAAUCAGAAGAAGAUCCGAGAUGUGUCUCGAGUUCUGUCCAGCUUUGACGAUCUGACUCGAUGCUACCAGAAAGCACAGAAAGUGCUGAACCCAGACAGCAGCAUCCCACCACGCUUUUACAUCAAGACGUUGGUUGAACUAGAGGAGUUUAUUAAUGAGUGUUGGGAAGACAAGAAGAAGCUAUCUAAGAUGAAUGCCAGGGCACUGUCCACAUUGAGACAGAAGCUUCGCAAGUACUGCAGGGAUUAUGAAAAAGUCGUUGCAGAGUACAAAGAGAAUCCUGAUCUUGAGAAGGAGCAAGAUGAGGAUCAAGACCAAGGAGAUGAUGAUGACUUGGGGUCAGAUGACGAGGGUGGUAUGGGCAUCCCGGGUUCCAAGAGGACACCAUCAAAGAAGACGGGAGAGGAUGACGACAGUGAUAGCGAUAGCAGUUUCUGGGAUGACAGCAGUGAAAGUGAGAGUUCCAGCUCGGAAGCUGAAGUUGGCUAUGCAGGACUCACUGCAGCUUAUUUCUUGAAAUCGAAUAACCCUGAGAAGGAGGAGAAGUUUCUGACGAAGCGAAUCCAGCGCCGGAAGGAGCGUGAUGAGAGGAGAGCUAAAAUAGAAGAAGAUGAUGAUGAAGAAGAAGAAGGAUGGGAGAAGGUCAAAGGUGGAAUCCCCCUCAGCAAGGAAAAGCCCAAGAUGUUUGCUAAGGACACAGAGAUCACUCACGCCCUGGUCAUCAAGAAGCUGAAUGAGAUCGUGUCUGCCCGUGGCAAGAAAGGAACCAAUCGGAAGGAACAAAUUGAGUUGCUUCGUGAGCUGAGGACGAUCGCCGACCAACACAACUUGGGACCAGCCAUGGAUAUGAAAGUCUUGUUCAAUAUCACUGCUGCUAUCUAUGACUACAACCCUAAUGUAGCCACAUGUAUGAAGCCGGAUAUGUGGGCAAAGUGCCUGGACAGCAUUUCUGAGAUGUUGGAUCUGCUCAUCGCAAAUCCAGAUAUUACUAUCAAUGAGAACGUGCAGGAAGAUACAGAAGUUUAUGGGGAGAAGCCAUAUCGCAUCCGUGGCUGUGUUCUCACCAUAGUAGAACGUAUGGACAAAGAAUUCACUAAGAUCCUCCAGUCUGCCGACGCUCACUCAACAGAAUUUGUAGAUAGGUUGAAGGAUGAGACAAAGGUGACAAGUCUGAUCACCAAGUUACAGUCAUAUCUAGAAGAGCGAGGGAGCCCUUCUGAUCUCUGUCGCAUCUACAUACGUUAUAUCAACCACAUCUACUACAAGUAUGACUACAAUAAGCUGCAGCAGUUGGAGAAGCAAGUACAAGAACGAAGAGAGCGUAUCUUGAAGGAGAGCAAGGGGGAGUUGAAGGACCCAGAGUCUCCGGUUGAUAACAGCGAAGUCAUCGAGACUAAAGAAGAGAAAGGAACCAUCGAGGAGAGUGAGAGGGAGACAGAGGGAUCCCCGGAGGAGAGGAAAGUAGAGGAGAAGAAAGAGGAAGAAGAGAAGAAAGAAGAAGAGAAGAAAGAAGAAGAGAAGAAAGAAGAAGGACAAGAAACCGAGACGAAGGAGGAGACCAAGGACAAUGAGGAGGUUGAGAAGUCUGAAGAGUCCACAGGGGAGUUAAUGGACCGCAUGUGCAAGUUCAUCUAUUCUAAGGACACUACUGACCUGAUCCGUACACGAGGCAUGCUGUGUCACAUCUACCACCAUGCUCUCCAUGAUCGCUGGUACAUGGCUAGAGAUCUCAUGCUAAUGUCCCACCUCCAGUCCAAUAUACAACACUCCGAUAUUCCUACACAGAUCUUAUACAACCGGACCAUGGUGCAACUAGGUCUGUGCGCAUUUCGUCAUGGUAACAUCAAGGAUGCCCAUCAUGCAUUGCUGGAUAUCCAGAGCGGUGGUCGAGCCAAGGAGCUCCUUGCACAGGGGCUAUUGAUGCAGAGGCAGCAGGAGCGAGAUCCUACCCAGGAGAAAAUUGAGAAGAGUCGUCAGUUACCGUUCCAUAUGCACAUUAAUCUAGAACUACUGGAAUGUGUCUAUCUAGUGUCUGCUAUGCUGCUGGAGAUCCCAUACAUGGCCUCCCAUAACUUUGACAUCCGUCGCCGCAUGAUCAGCAAAAGCUUCCAUCAUCAGCUGAGACUGAGUGAGCGUCAGACCCUAGUAGGACCCCCAGAGAGUAUGCGAGAGCACGUGGUGGCCGCGUCUCGCGCAAUGCGCUACGGCAACUGGAAAGCGUGUAAAGAUUUCUUGGUGAAUGAGAAGAUGAAUGGGAAGGUGUGGAAUCUCUUCCCAAACAGUGACCAUGUUCGUGAUCUCAUCACAAGGAAGAUUCAGGAGGAGAGUUUGAGGACUUAUCUCUUCACCUACGGGAGUGUUUACGACUCAUUGAGUAUGAACACAUUGGCUGAGAUGUUUGAAUUGGAGAAACCUGUAGUGCACAGUAUCAUUAGUAAAAUGAUCAUCAAUGAAGAACUCAUGGCCUCCUGGGAUGAACCUGCUCAGACGAUCGUCAUGCAUCGCUGUGAGCCAACCAAGCUACAACAUCUUGCUCUACGUCUCUCAGACAAGGUCAAUAACCUUGUAGAGAACGGAGAAAGACUCCUAGAGUACCGCCAGAAUGAUGGGCGUGGAUUCAAGCAGGGUGAUGGACGCAACUUCAAACAAGAUGGGCGUGGCUACAACAAGGGCGAGCGAGGCAACUACAAUAAGGGCGACCGUGGCUAUAAACGAGAUGGGUACAAGAGAAGCGACGGCGGAGGCUACAAGAGAGGAGGCGGCGGUGGCAGAGGAGGGUACAGUAGGGGCGGAGGCAGAGGAGGGUACAAUAGGGACGACGGCGGAGGGUACAAGAGAGGAGACGGCCAGGGGUACAAGAGGGGAGAUGGCCAGGGGUACAACCGUGGGGAGAGAACUGCCUAUGGACGGAGCACUUAUGGGGGCAGUGACCGAGGUCGGCCAAGGAACCAGAAUACUUACUAAACUGAAUCACUACAUCGUGAACUUGGUCCUCAAUCUCCAUAUCAUCAGUUGACUGCACUUGGCAGUUUCCUUAGCAAGCUUUAACUUUAGUGAAGGUUAUUUAUAUUUCUUAAGUCAUGUCCAUUUUUCAGUUUUACUUGUGUAAAACACUUCAAUAAAAAAAUGUCAAUGGGAGCCAGUACAUGUUGUAUGUAACUGCAAACUACAGAAAUAUCUUGUUUUGUAAGUAAGUUACCAGCCAAACUACAGUAUCAUUUUAAUUGGUUGGUCCCCUGCUACAAAGCCAGCUUUACGAAAUUGGCCCAUGUGCAUGAAGGCCAUACACUUUGUAUAAUUUGAGGCCCCAACUUUUCACUGCGACAAUUCCUUGGCAGUUAUUAGAAUGUCAAAAUAAUUUGACCAAUCUUGUUUUUUUGUGUUAAAGCUAGGUGUACAGGGCCCGAUAUCAUACAUUUUGUGAGCACACAAUUUUAUGGAGCACAAAAUGCUAUGCUUAGCAGAAAAAAAUAAUAAGCUAAGAUUACAGAUAGUUGAUUUUACCUGUCUGCAUUACUUGUGGAGCGUUUGCUGAAAAAUACAUAUUUGCUGCUACAAAUCGUUAUGAAAUUGGGCCUAGGAGUGCUAGGCAAAACGGUGUUAAAAUGUUUAACUUAAAAUAAAUUACAGACUUCAGAGGCAAGUGUUGGACACUUUUGGAAUGGUACUUUCCAGUUUACGAAGAAUUAAGAGCUUUUUUCAAAAUGCCGACGUGACUUGGAAGAUGGAGCAUGAAACAAAAACCAGUCAUAACCAAUACUAGAUUAGUUUAACUUCCAAGAGGUAACCAUUAACUUUUGGUUAUUUAGCUGUGAAAACAGUUUAGCAAAUCAAUAAUAGUAGUAUGAAUUAAACCAGCAUAAAAACCAGAACAGAUCAACUUUGUUUGGCAAAAGAACUUCUGACUUUUAUUAAAAAUUCAUGAAGUAAAUGUAUUUUAAAAUAUCAUGAGCGUCUGGUGACAUGGAUACAAAUAAAAUGUGUCGUACAAUAAUUGCAAUUUGGUUCCAUUUUUUUGUGUAUGCGAGAUAAUGCUUGUAAGGGAGUGCAAUGGUGAGAGUAUUUUCGAAAGCUGAAAUAUGGAAUGUUCAUUUAAAAGGCAGUGAACACUAUUGGUAAUAACGUU